CAGUUUGGCCUGGCGCAUUUGGGUGAGGAACAGCCAUAAUGGCCAAGGUGGCUCCACUGAUCUCGCUGUCUUUGUGUCGUGGAGGAAGAGGAAGAUGACAGUAUAGAGGAAUGAGCUGAUUCCGAGUCCACCAGGAGGAACUACACUCAGAAACAGGCUAGAAAAUGCCUAGAAGAAAACAGUCGAAUCCACAGCCAGUGAAAUUGGAUUCUGAAGAUGCCACCACAGUGGGUAACCCAGAGAGCCUCGUCCUGGAGAGUGACUUUUUCCUGGACCAAGCCCUGGAGUUUGAAGAAAAUGAUUACAAGAUCAUCGACUUUGAAAGAGACUCAGACUCAGUAGCUGCUGACAUGGGAAUUCCAGCGUACAGUCUGAGUGAUGAAGACUGCUCCAGUUACAACCGCCUCAGCAUGGAGAGCGAUUUUGAAGACCCACGAGACACAGAGAGCGAACGUGAAGAGAUUGCCACAGACCCUGCCUUUGAAACCUACCUCUCCUGCAGACAGUGUGGGCAGCUUUUGGGAGACCCUUUGGGAGGGGCUCUGGAUCUAGGGGGUCUUUGCUGCCUCAGAUGUGGUGAUGGUGGGGAUGAGGGCGGAGGUUUGGAUAGGGAAGAUGUUCAAGGGGAGGAGUCGGAACCCACCGUCAAUAACUCGCCCGCCAAAAGAUACCGGGGUAGAACCACGGCCAAUCCCAGCCCGGGCAAAACCUACUCCUGCAAGCUAUGCAGCUUCUCCUCCCGUUACUCCAACCACCUGAAGCGCCACAUGAAGACACAUAACGGCGAGAAGCCAUACCGGUGCCAGCACUGCUCUUAUGCCUCAGCGCAGCUGGUCAACCUCCAGAGACACGUUCGAACCCACACUGGGGAGAAGCCAUACAAAUGCGAAUACUGCGCCUUUGCCUGCAACUCACUUGGCAACCUAAAGAGGCAUCAGCGCAUGCACACUCAGGAGAAGACCAGCAAAUGCAGCCAUUGUGACUACCGCUCAAGCAGCAGCGUCACACUAAAGAGACACAUGAUGGGCCACGAAAAGGACAAGCACGCAGUCAUGACUGAAGAGAGUGUGGUGUCAGAUUUGACAUUGCGUAUCAGCAGCGGUCCUGACCAACAUCCCACCAACAUGCUGGACACAGAGGGCAUGGUCAGAGAUCUGGACCCUCUGCCCGAACUGCUCUUCCCCUUCACCUGCCGCAUGUGUGGCCUGGUCCUGGAGGACGAAGUGGGAUCGGGCGGUCAGGUGUGUAGGAAGUGCACAAUGGACCUGCUCUCCAAAAGUUCCCCAGCCAGUCCAGAGAAAGAAGGAGACAAGCUGUAUUGCUGCACUGAAUGCACCUUCAUCACACAGUACCCAAACCACCUGGCGCGCCACAUGAAGACCCACAGCGGCGAGAAACCCUACAAGUGCCCGGAGUGCGACUACGCCUCCGCCCACUUCGACAACCUCAAACGACACCACAGGGUUCACACAGGUGAGAAGCCUUACAAAUGCCAUCUUUGUGACUACGCGUGCGGUAACCUCGCCAACCUUAAGCGACACGAACGCAUCCACUCGGGCGCCAAGCCCUUCCAGUGCUCCGUGUGCAGCUACAGCUGUAACCAGAGCAUGAACCUGAAACGCCACAUGUUACGGCACACGGGUGAAAAACCCUUUAAGUGCCAGGAGUGUGCCUACACCACGGGACACUGGGACAACUACAAACGCCACCAGAAGAAACACGGCCACUCGACAGAGGGGUGGAUCAAAAUGCAGCUGCCAGAGAAAGAGAACGAGAAUGAGGAAGAGGAGGUGGAAAUGUAAUUGAAAGGACAAUAAAACGUUUUGUCGUCUUUGCCCCCGUCUCUCUCAAUCAUUAGCUCUGUUCACCUAGAGAGGAGGUCGUAAGGCCUGGGCC